AUCAAGGAGGAAGAUGGGACGUAUGGUCGAUGCUGUUUAGGAACAUACAUAUUUGGAAUAUACCAUAGGCUUGACCUUUUCGGAUAAAUAGUUAUUUCAACAUUAUUAAAAUGUUUACAUUAGAAUGUAAUACCAGCUGAAAUUUUGGAGUUACUAAAGAGCGACAAACUUUUUGUAACUUUGGCUCACGGAUACUUUUUUAGUGUUGAAGCAGUCUACGAUAAGACAAGGUUGCAAUGGUGGGGAUCUCUGUCCUUCUCUGUGCUGUUCUAUCAACAGGUGUGGUGAGGCAUCAUGGGUAGUUUUAAGGGCCAUGCAUUGCCAGGUUGUUUCUUCCUGUUAGCAGGCCUGUGGUGGGCUGGAAGGUUCUCCCUGUGGUACACCACCCGCAGGAACAAGAGUCUAGGCUCCACCCGUCUGGCUAGUCGCUCCACACAACACCGGCUGGAGAUCAUCGAGGGAUCCACCAUUGUGUUCUUCUCUGUGGUUGGGAUGCUUGCAGAGCAGUUUGGGCCAGAUGGGCCAUGGCUUCAUCUGUAUGACCACACGGAGCAGCACUGGGAAAAGCUCCACAACUGGCAGCACUCAACCAUGUACCUGUUCUUUGGCCUGGCCGGAGCCAUCUCUGUAAUCGUACACGCCACUGAAGCUGCUCCGCUCGCCCUUGACAGACUCAUGCUGGCCAUGGCUUUCUUCAUGGAAGGGUUCUUGUUCCUGUAUCACCUUCACGGUCGGGCCAUGCUGGAUGUCCAUGUCCACCAGUUGCUGCUGUUCAGUGUGUUUGGAGAGGCUUUGGUGUCCUUCCUGGAGGUGUUCCACAGAGGGAACAUUCUGCUGGAGCUGCUCAGAGCAUCGCUUACCAUACUGCAGGGCAGCUGGUUCUGGCAGAUUGGUUUUGUGCUGUACCCCCCCAGCGGAGUGGAGUGGGACUUAAUGGACCACGACAACAUGAUGUUCAUCACCAUGUGUUACUGUUGGCACCUGGCUGUUGGUCUGCUGACUGUCAGCAUGGUUUACUGCACCGUCAGCUGUGUGGUGAAGUCCAGACUGAAGAAGACCCCCCCAAUAGAGAUGGGACUGCUCAAACCCAGGGAGAGGGAGCAGGAGUCAGAGGAUGAAAUCCUGUAACAGAAACAUCACCAAGAGAGAUUCUUAUGAAGCCCUGUGUUUAACUCCACCCAGCCCUACAUCACCUGACAGCAGCACCAAUCACAUGCAGUGAUCUAUUUUGGAUUUUAUAUCAGGAAGUCAAGCAACCCUGUUCUUCCUGGACCCAGUCUCUCUACAUCCUCCCAGAAGAUGCUUCAUUAGUCCUAAAAAGAUGCUGACAUUGUUUUAAUUUGCAUUUUAAUAUAAUUUUGCUAAGGAGUAUUAGAUAUCCUAUUGUAUUUAUUUAGCAAAUGGAGCAUUAUGGAGGGGGGGGGGGUACAGGGAGUCUAAAUCUGAAAAGUGGGUCCAGGGAUUAACCCUAGAUCUCCAGAGAGAUACCAUACAUGUGUAGAGACACUCAGCACUGAUGGUGAACUUUGAGUGAAAUAUUCUGUGUACUCAAAUGAUAAAAGCUACCCAAAGGGUGGCCAGUCAAGCUGUUCUGCCAUAGUUUGUGUAAUUAUGUGUGUAGCAGUGACAUCACCUGGCCAGGUUGUGUAACAACAUGUAUCAUACUGGAGACUCGGUCUACAUAACAGUAGAUUCAAUGGAACAAACAUUACUUCUAAGUCCUAGAAACAUACGUUAUGUCAGUAAAUAUAUUGUGCCUUGGAUUAUGAAUAAUAUGAAUUAAACUCUUGAUAACACUU